CUCACACGUACCUCAUUGGGCUCGAUUUUUUCACCCAUUUCUUGAUUUUUUGUAUUCACGUACUUCAAACCCUUGUUUCUUCUAGACUUUCUUAUAGUUUUUUUCCAGUUAUCUUAAUGUAAAAUACGUUUUUUUUGACGUUGACGCACCUUCUCCCGCCGACAUUUUGAACGAACUAAUAUUUGCAGCUCGUUUGGCACAUAAAACGUUAUGGCUUGCAGUUUUACAAAAUUAAUACUAGAUGUCGUUAGUAGUCCUCGAACUUUCAUGUGCAAGUAAUCGCCGGCACAUACAACGCCCUAAUGCAAUAAAAUGUAUUUCAGCCCGGUGGGCACUUACAACGUUAUGGUUAGGCACCUCUCAAGUGGUAGAGAAAAAAAAAUUUAGACAAUUCAAAAGUGCUUGUAAAGCAAGGUACUCACCUAACCAUGUUGCAUGUAACGUAUCUGAUACUGUAUCAAUCCACAAGUGGGUACGACUCGUCCACAGUCACCGCGUAUCCAGCUACGAGUUCCCGGAUCCGCAGUGCUCGUGGCGAUAUCAAGCCGACAACAUGUCUCAAAUGGUGGCUAGCGCUGCGUUCAUUUUGAUAUACAAUAUCCUUGACAAUUAUAAAAGCCUACGUCGUUUCUGGCAAAGUGAAAUGUUUAAAAAUAGAAAUAGAUCUAAUUUAAUACAGGAUAUGAAGUCUCAAGAGAUCAGUGGACAUUUCAAGAACUUCACGCGUAUGGCGAGUACAGAUUUUGAAUAUCUGUUAAAUUUGAUUGGACCUCAAAUACAAACUAGAGACACAAAGUUUAGAAAAGCGAUACCUGUUCAAGAAAAAUUGGCUCUAACACUGAGAUUUUUAGCAAGUGGUGAUUCAUUCACAAGUUUAUAGUAUACGUUCAGAAUAUCUAAGAAUAAUCAAAUCGAACAAAUGAUUGCUUGAUCGUGAUAAUAAUUAACUGAAUGUAAUCAACUGAUUUGUGCGCGCGAUAUAGUCGCUCAUCUGCUAGCGCUCGCAUGUAAAGUGCUACGUGAAUGUGAUAAUCGAUAUCAUCGAGACGAUGGCAGGCCGCGUUGAGUACAUUGAUUGAUCGAUUCAGCAAAGAAAUCGACGAAGUGUGUGUAGUGAGGUGUGUUGAAGAUAUGCGUGUCUCAAGGGCCCGCUAUCCGGCUCACGUCAAUCGGACUCUCGGGGCGUCGUGUUCGAUCUUGCAAAUAUUCGAUCGUUUUCGCUUCCGUUAACCCGGCUCGUUUCGUCCGAUGAUAGCGAUGACCUAAGCUCGGGAUCGGAUCGAAACGGUGACAACGCUCGGGUCGACCUCGAGUGCGAAGAUAGAGUCGACGGCGACGACAUAGUCGCCGACCGUCGCGACGAAGCUGCCGCCCGCGGCGCGGACCGCGACCGCGGC